CUUCCGGUCCCCCAGGAACUCCUCGGUGGCAGCCUGCGAGGCGACGGAGCGCGUGCGCAGAACAGCUCCAUGUGAGCGGUUGCGUUUCUUCUCAAACCCAACAAUGCCGCCCGAACGCAGGAGCCGGAUGAGACCCGAACGGAGAGCCCGCGCGAGGCCGGACAGGAAGACCAAAAUGAGGUCAGACCAGAAAGCCAGGGCAGGGACGGGCGGGCCACCCCAAAAGGCUGCCCCUUCAUCUCGGCGGACACCGCCGGCCCAGCCGAUCGCUGCAGCCGUUUCGAUCACUGUCGCCGCGGCGGCGGAGGAGAGACGGCUCCGGCAGCAGAAUCGCCUGACACUGGAGGAGGACAAACCGGCCGUAGAGCGGUGCCUGGAAGAGCUGGUUUUCGGUGAUGUCGAGGACGACGAGGACGCGCUGCUGCGGCGGCUGCGGGGCCCGCGGGUUCACUUGCAUGAAGACUCUGAUGACUCGGAAGUGGAGAAUGAAGCAAAAGAUUCUUUCCCCCCUCAGAAGCAGCCGGUGUGGGUAGAUGAAGAAGAUGAUGAGGAGGAAAUGGUUGACAUGGUGAACAAUCGGUUUCGGAAAGAUAUGAUGAAAAAUGCAACUGAAAGUAAACUUUCAAAAGAUAAACUUCAGAAGAGAUUGAAAGAAGAAUUUCAGCAUGCGAUGGGAGGAGUACCUGCCUGGGCAGAGACUAAUAAGCGGAAAACAUCUUCAGAUGAUGAAAGUGAAGAGGAUGAAGAUGAUUUGUUGCACAGGACUGGGAAUUUCAUAUCCACAUCAACUUCUCUUCCAAGAGGAAUCUUGAAGAUAAAGAACUGCCAACCUGCUAAUGCUGAACGGCCUACCACUGCUCGGAUCUCAUCAGUGCAGUUCCAUCCUCACGCACAGGUUGUGAUGGUCGCAGGGUUGGAUAAUGCCGUGUCUCUGUUUCAGGUUGAUGGCAAAACAAAUCCUAAAAUCCAGAGCAUUUAUUUGGACAAGUUUCCAAUCUUUAAGGCUUGUUUUAGUGCUAAUGGAGAAGAAGUUUUAGCCACAAGUAUUCACAGCAAGGUUCUUUAUGUCUAUGAUAUGAUAGCUGGAAAGUUAAUUCCUGUGCAUCAAGUGAGAGGUUUGAAAGAAAAAAGAGUGAGGAGAUUUGAAGUCUCCCCAGAUGGCUCCUUCUUGCUCAUAAAUGGUGUUGCUGGAUAUUCUCAUUUGCUAUCAAUGAAGACCAAAGAACUAAUUGGUAGCAUGAAGAUUAAUGGAGGGGUUUCAGCAUCCACAUUCUCUUCAGAUAGUAAGAAAAUAUAUACCUCUUCUGAGGAUGGGGAAGUUUAUGUUUGGGAUGUGAACUCUAGGAAAUGCCUUAACAGAUUUGUUGAUGAAGGCAGUUUACGUGGAUUAAGCAUUGCUACAUCGAGGAAUGGACAAUAUGUGGCUUGUGGUUCUAAUUGUGGAGUGGUAAACAUAUAUAAUCAAGAUUCUUGUCUCCAAGAAGCAAACCCAAAGCCAGUGAAAGCUAUAAUGAACUUGGUUACUGGUGUUACUUCUCUGGUCUUCAGUCCUACCACAGAAAUUUUGGCAAUAGCUUCAGAAAAAAUGAAAGAAGCAGUGAGAUUGGUUCACCUUCCUUCUUGCACAGUAUUUUCUAACUUCCCAGGCACUAAAACAAAUAUUUCUCAUGUUCAUACCAUGGAUUUUUCUCCCAGAGGUGGAUACUUUGCUUUGGGGAAUGAGAAAGGCAAGGCCCUGAUGUAUAGGUUGCACCAUUAUUCAGACUUCUGAAGAGAUUAUUUGAAAUCCAGUUGAACCACAGAGGAAGCCUGUCCCGAUACGUCUUCUCAGAAACUUUCCAGGAUGUGUGAUAAUAUAUGAUAAGGAUUUGUGGCGCCAGCUGUGCUUAAGUUAAAAGCAAUGUCAUAAUAAAGAAAUGUCAGCUUUUGUUUGAAAAUAA